GAAAUAAUCCGGAACCGUCAAGAGUCCGCACGUCAGGUCGUUUCAUUAUGUAAGGACGUAUGUUCUCUACAAUAAGCCUUGACACUUGGGCUUGUCUUGUUGGAGGCCCGGUUCCGCACACUUUGAGCCUCAGCUGGCGGACUGAAUGGAAGGGAGCGAGGCGCGGAACCGAGCCGAACCGGGCCAGUCCGGGACGCGUCCAGAGACGAGAGACGGCAGCUGCCAGACUGACUGCAAAAUACAAGGUUAUGGCCCCAGGUUAUCAAAGGUGAACCUGUUUACCUUGUUGAGUUUAUGGAUGGAGUUAUUUCCCCAAGAGACGCCCGAUGAGAACGCCAACGACCAGAUCCGCGGGGUGGGCCUGGUGGUGGCGCGGGACAGCAAGGUGGUGGGGCUCCACUGCUCGGGGGCCGAGCUCCACGCGGGGCAGGCGGCCAUCAUCCAGCACGGCUCCCGCCUCGCCGGCUGCGAGGUGUACUUCUCCAGGAGGCCCUGCGCCACGUGCCUGAAGAUGAUCAUCAACGCCGGAGUCAGCCGGAUCUCCUUCUGGCCCGGGGACCCCGAGAUCAGCAUGCUCCAGGCCACCUCCGGCGGCAACCGCUCCGCCUCCCGCUCCAUCACGGAGGAGGCGGCGCUGGACGCCGUGGCCGUCGAGAAGCUCAAGUCCAACAGCCGCCCCCACGUCUGCGUGCCGCUGCGCCCGCUGGGGCCGGGCCUGCUGCAGUUCGUGGACGAGACGUCCAGGAAGUGCGACUUCGUGCAGCGGAUGACCGACGACGACCCGGGGCUGAACGUAGACGAGCUCUACAACAGAGAGCGCCUGAGACACUUGAAGGAUUUCUCCACGCGCUUCCUGGUCGGCACGCCUCAGCAGCACCAGAAGAUUCUGAGCCAGAUGGGAUUGGAGAACUUCUGCAUGGAGCCCUACUUCUCCAGCCUGAGGCACAACAUGAGGGAGCUGGUGGAGCUCUUAGCGGCGGUGGCUGCCGGGGUGCCACGGCAACGCUACGGCUUCUACAGGGAAGAGCUGCCGACCUCGAGCCCUCCGUGUUACCAAGUGUCCCAAGAACAAGCCCGUCACUGCAUCAUCCAGGCCAGGCUGCUGGCCUGCAGGACAGAGGACCCUAAGGUUGGCGUGGGUGUUGUCAUCUGGGCCAAAGGAUCAUCGGUCGGCUGCAACGGAACCGGUUGUCUGUACCUGGUGGGUUGCGGGUACAACGCCUACCCAGCCGGCUCCCAGUACGCCGAGUACCCCCAGAUGGACAACAAGCAGGAGGACCGGCAGAGACGCAAAUACAGAUACAUCAUCCACGCAGAGCAGAACGCCCUCACCUUCAGGACGCGAGACAUCAGACCGGAGGAGCACACCAUGCUGUUUGUAACCAAGUGUCCGUGUGACGAGUGCGUCCCCCUGAUCAGAGGAGCCGGCAUCACCCACAUCUACACCUCCGACCAGGACAGGGGCAAGGACAAGGGAGACAUUUCCUACCUGAGGUUCAGCAGCCUGAAGGACGUCAACAAGUUCAUAUGGCAAAAGAGUCCCACUCCCUCCUCGUCGCCUUCUCCUCACCUCACCAAUGGUUACGUCAGGAAGCAGAGCAGGCCGGCCGAGCACGAGAGCCACAGCAAGAAGAAGCUGUGCACCGGCAGGUCCCACCAGACGCCUCCCGUCACCUGAUCCACGCGCGGUUCGAUUGAUCGAUUGAUCGAUUGAUUGAUUGAUUGAUUGAUGGACGCAUCCAUAAACCAAAAAAAAAAAAAAAAAAAAAAAAAAACGAAACAAAACACACCAAAUAUCACUCACCUGCCGCAGAAAUAAAUUGACUUUUCGGACGAACUGAAAGCGACGCAAAGCGAGGACCUCGAAGGGGACGCCGCCCAGAAAGGAUGGAUGGGAGAUGAAAGAGGUACGGAUUAGUGUGGACACAAAGUUACUAAAGAGGAGGAAGAAAAAAAUUAUAGAAAUAAUACUAAUGUAAAUUGUCAUUUCUAGAUUUGUCAUUUUACUUUUUAUAUCAAGGAGGCUAUACAAAAAAAAACACUGCACAUGUAUCAUAAUUAUAAUAUUAAUAAUGGGCGUAGCUCCAGUUAUUUAGGAAGUUCCCCAUCUGAAAGACUUAACAAACUCUUACAUUGAUUCUUUUAAGUGUUUGACUGGGAGAUGCAGCUGCGGAAAGAAGGAAUUCAUUGCACAGCUUUACUUUGUUUUUACUUUGAAAGAGGACAUAAACUUCCAGCUUUAAUUUUCGGCACAAGGACGUUUUUUUUCCUGUUAAACGACCGGCGGCGAAGCCAAUUUCUGUGGUGCAACGUGACGGAGCUGGGUUCAGCCCGUCGGUUUAUUUCCCAUGUCGCUGAGCCCCGUCUCAUGAUGCUGCUAAUGGACUGUGCCCUUUGCAACCACCAGUGUCGCUCACGGUCAGACUAAAGCUAUCUUAAACAGCAUGUUACGUUUAAGGAGUUUGGCUCAAAACAGCUGAAAUGCAUGUCGCAAUUAAAUCCAAUGAGUAGCUAGUUAGGUUAGGGAGGAUUUUCAGAGCAAGAAGUGAAACAAUACACUUACUGCAACAUCAGAUGCCCACUCAUGUCUGUGUCCUUGGCUGUGAGGAGUAAAAGCAACAACAGAAUCCUGCAAUUACCACUCACCGCCACACGGGGCGCUGUCGCCCCACGUGUUAACACAAUCCCGCGUCGGGACAAAAGGAGCAGACGCACACAGCAUGCAUUCCCAUCCUUUUAUUUGUUGUGAAUGUGGUACAAUAGCAUCGGUGUGGAAAAUAAGGUGGCUUCUUUCAGAGAGGACGCCGGGAGGUUAACGCUGAGUCUCGCUAGGCCGGAGUCGCUCAUUGUUUUAGUUGUAACACAGGUAUGAAGGAAGUAGUAUUUGGCUCAAGUCUGACGUGAAGCUGGUUACGUUUGCAUCUUAUCUUACGUUGUGUCAUAAUACUGUCACAGCUUGAAGCGUCCAAAAAGUAGCUGGUAUUAGUUCUCACCCCAAAGACAAAGCAUGUGGCAUUUGUUUUUUUUGUGCCAUUUUACAAGUUUACACCUCAGCCCACUACUGGUUUUAUUUCCUGUUUGAAUUUUAUUUAUCAUGUGACAUUUGAAGAGUGAUUAAACAAGAACCCAAAUCA